GUGUAUUUUGCAAGCAUGUACCACUUAGUCUUUGACUCAUCGCCCUCUUUCUCUUGGCCUUAUGUGAUUUUUUUCUUCUCUCUUUUUUCACAGCGAUGUUACGAACACAAACAAUACAGAAAUGGCCUCAAGUUCUGCAAACAAAUCCUGUCCAACCCCAAGUUUGCAGAGCAUGGGGAGACCCUGGCGAUGAAGGGCUUGACCCUGAACUGUCUGGGGAAAAAGGAGGAGGCCUACGACCUGGUGAGACGAGGCCUGCGCAAUGACCUCAGGAGCCAUGUCUGCUGGCACGUCUACGGCCUACUGCAGCGCUCGGAUAAGAAGUAUGAUGAGGCCAUCAAGUGUUACCGCAACGCUCUCAAGUGGGACAAGGACAACCUGCAAAUCCUGCGAGACCUGUCACUUCUUCAGAUCCAGAUGCGAGACCUGGAGGGCUACAGGGAGACACGGUACCAGUUGUUACAGCUGCGUCCAGCCCAGCGAGCUUCCUGGAUCGGCUAUGCCAUCGCCUAUCACCUCCUGGAAGACUACGAGAUGGCUGCAAAAAUUAUUGAGGAGUUCAGGAAAACACAACAGACGUCUCCAGAUAAAGUAGACUAUGAGUACAGCGAACUGCUGCUCUACCAGAACCAGGUGCUGAGGGAAGCUGGCCUGUACAAGGAGGCUCUGGAGCAUCUGUCAAACUACGAGAAGCAGAUCUGUGACAAACUGGCAGUGGAGGAGACACGAGGAGAGUUGCUGUUAAAGUUGGAGCGUCUGGAAGAAGCAACAUUAGUUUACCGUCGACUGCAGGAGAGGAAUCCAGAGAACUGGUCCUAUUACCAUGGCCUGGAAAAGGCCCUAAAACCAGGCAGUGUAGAGGAUAGACACAAGAUCUAUGAGGAAGCCUGGGUGCAGUUUCCUAAAGGACUGGUUCCUCGCCGGCUGCCCCUCAGUUUUCUCACUGGUGAGAAGUUCAGAGAGUGUCUCGACCGAUAUCUCAGGAUGAACUUUAGUAAAGGCUGUCCGCCUGUCUUCACCACACUCAAAUCACUGUACAAUGACAAAGAAAAGGUGUCAAUAAUAGAGGAGCUUGUGGUCAGCUAUGAAACGUCAUUAAAAAGCUGUAGAAUGUUCAGCCAGAAUGAUGAUGGAAAGGAAGAGCCACCGACCACAUUGUUGUGGGUACAGUAUUUCCUGGCGCAGCAUUACGACAUGAUUGGUCAGCAGACACUGGCUUUAGAAUACAUCAACGCGGCCAUCGAGAGCACGCCAACACUUAUCGAACUCUUCCUUGUCAAAGCCAAGAUUUACAAGCAUGCUGGGAACAUCAAAGAAGCCGCUCAGUGGAUGGACGAGGCCCAGGCUCUGGACACUGCUGACAGAUUCAUCAACUCCAAGUGUGCCAAGUACAUGCUGAAGGCUGGCAUGAUCAAAGAGGCUGAGGAAAUGUGCUCCAAGUUCACACGGGAGGGGGCGUCAGCUGUGGAGAAUCUGAAUGAGAUGCAGUGUAUGUGGUUCCAGACAGAAUGUGCACUUGCCUACAAGGGUAUGAACAAGUUUGGAGAUGCUCUCAAGAAGUGUCAUGAGAUAGAGAGGCAUUUUGUGGAGAUCACAGAUGACCAGUUUGAUUUCCACACUUACUGCAUGAGAAAGAUGACACUUCGCUCCUACGUGGACUUACUGAAAUUGGAGGACGUGCUCAGGAUGCAUCCUUUCUACUACAAGGCAGCCGCCACUGCCAUCCAGAUCUACCUGAGCCUCCACGACAAUCCUCUCACUGACGACAGCAAGGAGCUCCAGGCCGACACUGCAAACCUUUCAGACAAAGAGCUAAAGAAGUUGAGGAACAAGCAGCGAAGAGCCCAGAAGAAGGCCCAGCUGGAAGAGGAGAAGAAGAACGCUGAGAAGGAGAAGCAGCUAAAGAACCAGAAGAAGAAGAAGGAGGAUGAUGAUGAGGAGAUCGGAGGCCCCAAAGAGGAGCUUGUUCCGGACAAACUGGUCAAGGUAGAAAAUCCACUGGAAGAAGCUGUCAAGUUCCUGAUGCCUCUCAAACACCUGGUCAAAGACAAAAUUGACACACACUUAAUGGCCUUUGAGAUCUACUUCAGGAAAGAAAAAUACCUUUUGAUGCUCCAGUCUGUGAAGAGAGCGUUGGCCAUAGACCGAGACCAUCCAUGGCUACAUCAGUGUCUAGUACGCUUCUUUAAAGGAGUCUCUGAGAGCAAGGAGCUGCCAGAGACAGUCAGGACGGUGCUGAAGCAGGAGAUCACUCGGCUGUUUGGAGACAGCAAUGCUAAGAGCUUCAACCAGGCCUACCUCACCAAGCACUCCAACUCCAUACCACACCGGCUGGCAGCUGCGAAGAUGAUGGUGUAUCUGGACUUGGCGACAGAGAUGAAGGCAGCUGAAUUGGCCACUGCACUCGAUGAAUCACUUAUCAACAGAACCAUACAGAUCUGCACUGAGGUGCUGGAGUGUCUUCGGAGCGCGACCCUCGGGGACUGUAAAGAGCGCAUGGAGGCGUACCGUGCCGAAUGUCACAAGCUUUACCCAUAUACAUUAGCUUUCAUGCCCCCUGGAUACGAGGAGAACACCAAGCUAGCCAAUGGAGACGUUUCCACGGAAACUGAGGAGCUAGCCAAUGAGAUGUGAGCGCAACAGAACAACAGCGGUUGAGCAAAGGAAUUGGGCGGAGCACGGAGCCUUGCGGUACACCUGGCAGCCAUUUUGUAGAGCCAAACAUUGGAAGCGAAAAAAUGGGUGUUUCGUUCUUCGGCUCAUCCUAAUUGGAUCUGACCUGGCUUGGCUUGGCUUGGCUCUCUCCCACAUGGUGGAAAAUCAGGACUGUGUGUGUGUUGAGGGCAUGUGUGUGUGUGUUGUGUGCGUGCGUGUGUGCGCAUGUCUGCGGUUGUGUAAAUUUGUGGGAAAAGUGUGUUGCGGGAGGGGGGAGAUAACAGAACUGCCAUUUUACUUUUUUUAAAUUACCAUGCUACGUAUGAAAAUAUACAAUAGUUAAUGGCAAACUGUUGGAAAAUAAAACUGUGACAUGGACUGUCUGUUUCCUCAGAUGAUCGAUCACAGUGACGGCAAAAUACUUGAGUUUGACUCGGUGCUGCUGUGACCUGUCACAGAACCGUGUUCCCCUAAUUUUAAAAGAAAAGCUAAUUUAAUUGAAAGUAGGACAACUGUCACUGAGGGACGAAGGACUGAGCCGAGUGGACGCGAUGAUCCCUGACACGUGUGUAGGGAGCUGAACUGACAGACGGAGAGAGUUACCGAGGACCUGAAGUAAACACAGAGGACGUCCAGUGACCACAGGUGUAUCUGUACAUGCUGUAAUGCUCCAGUAAACGCUGAUCGUCAUGAGACACUACUGUGGAGUGUGUGUGAUGGAGGGCGGUCACAGCGCAGAGGAAGAGACCUCGCACAAACAGUUAUUCUGCUCAGACUGUGCUUCCCUCACUGUUCCUGGUUCACCAUGGAUGAUGAUGUAACCCUCUGUUUAUUAUGGAGCAACUUGUAGCACAAAAUAAAAACUGUAAAGGUUGUGUGUGAAGCUCCAAUUUCAAAUACACUGCUACUGUUUAACCUUUGUAUGUAGUUCUGAGAGGGUUGUAUAGAUCUAAGCAAUAUCAUAGACCAGACACCUUUGUGUUAUUAAUGGAUCACCGGAGCCCGUUUACUGCUCGAGUCCUGGCAGUCACUUGAGUUGCUGCUGUCGCCACUAAAAAUGGUUUUUAACUGCAUGAACACAGACAAUGACAGUCCGAGUGGAAAUAAGACUCCAGUGUAUCUUUACUUCAGAUGGCUCUUCUCUCAUCACUCACGUCUCCUGUAAAGGUCAGGGUUCAGCUGUUAAAGCCUGCCGCCCGACAGUGACUGAAGUGAAAAUGUUAUAAGGCAAAAGAAACAUCUGGAAAUUUCAUUUGACUUCUGUUCUCCCCUUUCCCCCUCAAACAAUCUCUUUUCUUCUCCUUUUUUUCCUCUAAUUUGGGAUCUAAUGUGAAAGAGGAAUUCUGAGAUGGCGAUGUAUGAUAUCUCUGGAAUUUUGUAUUAAAACCAAACAAAAGAAA